CCUAACACUUGACUUCAUCUCAGAGAUCUUGGCAUGCAAUUUCCCACCUUCUUUCCAGAUUCCUUCAGUAUGUCUUCCAAGUCCUCUCACCUAGAGUAAUGGUGGCUGAAAUCCUCUAUCAUCAAGGAUUUGGAGCUCGCCCUCAUGCGCACUCUCUCGGGGGAUCCAUUUAGGGUUCACCAUCCCGACUCAGUGGACGGGGUGAACCUCGCCUACAAUCUGGAACCGCAACGUUUUUUGGUGAUGCACUACAAUUUGAUUCUUGCUUCUUCCUUUGCACCCCUUCAUUCGGGAGAUCUGCACGACCUAGAAAGUUCCCCCCACCCCCCGAGUAAUUUACUGCAAAUGCCCAUAAAUACCUUGCCUCUUACAUCCUUCGCUGCCAUGACAUGCAAAGAACUCCAUCUAUUGAAUAAUUCAUGACCAUGUUUAGACUUGGUGGCUCCUUCCCCUACUUCAGCGUGUUCCCUAAUCAGGAGUGCCCUAUCUUCAAGAAGGUGGAGAUGAAGAUCGAGAAGUUGUGCAGGAGAUACUUUGUCAUAGAUUUUCUGAACGAUAGCCCUAUAGACCUUCCCUUCAUAUUUCUGAACUCUAACCCAUCUCAGACCCCCUUCUCCAAGGGUUCCCGGGCCAAGAAAGCUCUUAAGGAGAUAAAGGGUGAUGCCCUCAUUGACCAUGAAGACCUGCACACGGAACACUUGUUCCGUCUAGCCGGCUUCCACUUCCUCGGGAACAAUCCCGCUGUUUCCCGCACCAAAGGGAAGCAAGAAUCCCACUCAGCCGCAAGGACAAAAGGUUCUCAGAAGUCCCCUGCCAAAGAGGUGCAUGCGGAGUAGGCCCCCUCAGGCCCUGCUAGCACUCGGGG